AUGCAGUUUCAACCCUCCAUUCUCACUCCUUUCCUCGCCCUUUUUACAAACGCUCAAUCCAUCACUUUUCCUGAUAUCAACAUCCCAUCCAUACCUGACACGGCUUUCUUUGCUUCCUCGACAGAUAUAACCAAUGGCAAAUCAUCCUCGUCCUCAUAUUCAUCAUCCUCUAGCUCUUUUGCAGACGGCCAAGGAAGCACCAAUAUCCAGCACGUUAGCACAACGUGUGAUUCCGACGCAAACUGUGAAACUCGCGUCAAUGGCAUCGUUAAUGGGACCGCGCUAGGAGCCACAACUCUUGGAACAUCAACGGUGAGGAUAAUUAGCACGAGCACGAUCCCGGGUGCUAGUGGGAUCUCACAUCAGAGUGAAGAGACUGCUGGUCCUGUGAGAAAUGGAGGAUUACUUGGAGGAAACGCAGAUUUGACAACGAGUGGAACGGCGGGGAGUACGGUGAUUGUUACGGAAACGGCAACUGCAAAGCCCACUGGAGUGGCGAGGCUGCAGGAUGUGAGUAGUGAGGCUAGGAGGGGAAUUGGUAGGAUGGGAAAUAUUAUCACGCUGGCACUUGGGAUUGCAAUAGGGGCCUUGGCAUUAUAG